UAAAGUGGGAGAGAGAGAUUUGUGACCCUGGACUGGAGAGGCAGGUUAGCUAGGAUGUUAUAUUUAAUUUUAAUCUUUUUUUUUUUUUUAAAUAAAAUAUCUUCUUACAUUACGAGCCUAACUAUGAAAACACAAAACAUUCUGGCAUGAAAUGAUGACACGUAUUGUAUGAGGGCCUAUGGAAUUAUACAUGGUCGCUCACUCGUCCACUCUGUCUCUCUUGCUUGGCCUUUUUGUCUUACUUCCUCUCUUUUCAUCCACAGCAGAAAAGGAAACCGCAGUACUCUUUCUCUCUACACAUGAAUAUUUUAUUUUUUAUUUUAAAUAAUAACUAUUUCAUAUUGAGGUAGCCUUCCUUUUAAGUCGUAUAUUCUUUAGGCUCUCUCUAUAUAUUGGGGCUGUCCUUUACUACUUAGUACCAAAGCCAUUUCCACAAAGUAUAAUUCACUACCUUGUAUUCUUUAGACAUGGAGGGGAAGCUGUUAAUAUCAAGGUUUAAGUCUGUUUGUGUAUUUUGUGGGAGUAGUACUGGGAAGAGAGAUUGUUAUAGAGAUGCAGCCAUUGAACUGGGGGAAGAGCUGGUAUCAAAAAGGUUGGACCUUGUCUAUGGUGGAGGCAGUAUUGGUCUAAUGGGUUUGGUUUCUCAGGUUGUUCAUCGUGCAGGAGGAAGUGUUCUCGGGUAUAUACAUAUAUAUAUAUUGUUACUAUAUUCAAGUGUGGCUCUUUUUGAGUAUUUUGUGACUCCAUCUUAUUUGUUCUCUUUUUGUCACAGGAUCAUUCCCAGAACUCUAAUGUGUAAAGAGAUAACAGGCGAGACAGUUGGUGAAGUUAGGCCAGUAGCCGACAUGCAUCAAAGGAAAGCAGAAAUGGCCCGCCAUUCUGAUUGUUUUAUUGCCUUGCCAGGUGGGUAUGGAACACUAGAAGAGUUGCUUGAAGUGAUCACCUGGGCUCAACUUGGCAUCCAUGACAAGCCAGUAGGUCUGCUCAAUGUGGAUGGCUACUACGACUCUCUUCUCACUUUUAUUGACAAAGCAGUGGAUGAUGGUUUCAUUAAGCCUUCACAGCGCCACAUCAUAGUCUCUGCCCCCAAUGCCAAAGAGCUUGUUCAGAAACUGGAGGAGUACGUGCCUGUGCAUGAUGGAGUCAUAGCCAAGGCAAGGUGGGAAGGUGAACAACAGCAGCAGCAGCAGCAGAUAGGUUUCAAGCCCGCUUCUUUGCAGACUGAGAUCGCACUAUGAAAGAUCAAAACUAUAUAAACAAAAACAAAAGAAAGUUAGGGAAAAAGGUUGUUUAGGCUAUUUGCUUUUCGUCUAAUAUUUUGGGUCAUAGAGAUCAACCAACCAAUACCAUAAUGGUAUGUGGUAAAAGCACAAUAGUUGACACAUGGCUAAUCUUUUGAUAUUUGUUAAUAUAAAUUAUAAUAUAUAUGAUAUGGGCCUACAACUCUUUAUGUUGAA